AUGUUACAACAACAACAACAGCAAUUUCUAAGACAACAGAUUCGAUUUAGUCAACAACAACAGUUACAACAGCAAUUGAAUCAGCAAUUGAAUCAACAACAGCUACAACAGCAUUUGAAUCAACAGCAAUUGCAACAACAAUUGAGUCAACAGCAGUUGCAAUCGCUGCAAUUAACUCAACAACUAACACAAUUAGCAAAAUUAACACCACAACAAAUAUCACAACUGUCACCACAACAACAAAUUCUUUUUCAACAGAAACGACUUCAAUUGCAACAAUUGGCUGCUCAACAACAACAACAGCAGCAGCAACAGCAGCAACAACCAAAUAUCGCUACUUCAACUCAAAUACCACAAAUAUCUCCGCAGCAGCAUCAAAAUCUUAUGAUGCAAAUACGAUUAAAACAAACUAUUGAAAAUAUUCUAAAAAAUAACAAUCCACGAUUAACUGCAAAUGAAGCUGAAAUCCUCAAAGCAAUCCCGGGGAUAACACCUGAAACUCAAUUGACUCAGGAUGUCAGAAACAAGCUUGCUGGAAUUUCACUUCGUCUUGCUACUCCAGCGCUUGCAAAUCAACUUCGAGCUGUUCGCCCUAUAUUAAAUGUAAACGGCGCUCAAGUAAAUCCUGGUGGUGCAACUGUGACGGCACCAAAUUUAAUCAACCCUAAUCAAGCAGCUCAACUUGCAGCUGGUCAAGUUCAAUUACCGAUUGGUCUACAAGCAAGACCUAUGACUGGAAUAAAUCCUGCGUUGAGACCCAGUUUAUUACAAGCUGCCAAUAUUCGACCAUCGAUUGGAAAUCUCCAAGCAAUGCAAGCUGCUAGUUUUCAAAUGCCAACGACGGCGGGCACGCCUGCUGCCGAAGGUUUCCUGAACAAUAUUGAUCAAUUGUCAUCCGCGACUGUUCCGACAGCUACUUCUUUGAUAAAUCCCGGAGUAAUCAAUACAACACCAUCUACAAUGAAAAAACAACCCGCGAAAACCCCUGUAAUCCCAUACACGUUUAAUAUUUCAUCCACAAACCCCGUCCCGAAUAUAACGUCAAUCCCUGUUAAUACUGCACCUCAUCCUGUCAUCGGCAAUAUUCAAAAACAACCAGCACCUUCCCAAGCUAGUAUUAUACCCGCAUCAUCAAUAGCAAAAAAUGAACUACAAAAAAUUCCUACCGAUUCAGAAAUAACAGAGGCCACGAUACAAAUAAACAAAAUACGCGAGGGAUAUCGAAACGAAAACGUGAAUUAUAAGCCUAUAGAAAUUUCUGACCAAGAGAAAAGUGCCAUUUCGGAAAAAAUGGAAUUAAUCAAACCAAUGUACGAAAAGAUGGACGAGUAUCUCCCAUACCUUUGGCAUUUUUAUAAAGCGCCGAACGCUAUCAUUACAAUUUUGAAGCUGAAAAAAAUGAUCGGAGAUCUACAAAAAGCACUAUCCGAAGGAAAGAUGAUGAUCAUGCAAUUAAAUAGUUGUGAAAAAUUGUUUAACGAAUUCAGAUGGUACUAUGAAGUGGCGGAAAAAAGCCGCAGAGGGGAUAUCACAGCUGAUAUAUUUACGAUCCCGCGAACUUCACCACCUCCAAAUUUGAAGGAUGUCAUUUCGGCGGCUCCAAGUAAUUUUAAUCUAACACUUCCGACGUCAAGGCAUGGUAAUAAUGCGGGUAAAACACCAAAUGCAAGGUCUAAUUCUAAUAAACCAAAUUCUCCCAAAUUAACAAAGCAAACCAAUAAUAGCAUUAAUAAAGCAUCAACAAGUACAAGUAGUAAUCAGAAUGUUGAUUUAACCGGCGGCGUAGUGACAAAUCAAAAUACUGGAAUGAUCGCGAAUCAGAUGGGAAAUGCACAAAAUAAUAUACCAGUCGGUAACGAUACUCAACAGACCACCAACCAAACUUCCAAUAAAAGGCAAAGAAAAUCCUCUCUUGAAGUUGAAAAAUCGGCGUCUAUUCCUACACAACAAUCAUCAGUUCAUAACACAAAUAAAACAUCUGAAUCGAUUGAUGUAGAUUUACCAGACGGAAAUUUGCCAAAGAGGCGACGUACAGAUGCUGGUGAAAAAUCAAUGCAGCCUAUUCAAGAGAACUUGAAUGUCAUGGCCCCUGUAACGCCCCCUGCCAUUAACUCAACUGUCCGUGGAACAACCGGUUUAUCUUCACAAACCAUGAAUCCAUCAUCAAUGUUUAACCAGCCAAUGUUCCCGCAUCCAAUCGAAGCUUUAUUGAAUUUUGACCAUGAAAAGAAAGACGUUAAAACAAAAAUCGGUGGUAAAGAAAUUUCUGCUGAAUCAAAGAAACCAAUUAAUCUUUCGCGUCUUAUAUUGGACGGUCCGGAUCCGGUUCCAGAAUCAGCUGAAAAUAAAUUACUUGUAUUCAGUCUUCGUGGUGCUUGUUGA